AUGGCUAACAGGAGGAGGAGGAACACAGCUGGAGCUGAUGACAUAGCUCAGGUGAUCCAUCGUAUGGUGGAUGCGAUGCAGCCCAUAGCGGCGCCACCCAGAGCUGUAGUGGCACCUACCCGACCAGUAUCUAUGGAGGAUUUCAUGAAACACCGGCCGGCCAAGUUCUCUGGCAAGGCCACUCCUGAUGAGGCAGAUGCCUGGAUGCGGGAAUGUGAGAAGAUCUGUAGAGUGUUGGGGUGCACAGAUGAGCAGAGGCUGUUGUUUGUCACAUUUCUCCUUGUGGCAGACGCAGAGUAUUGGUGGCAGGGGAUGCAGCAGUUGAUGCAGACCCGUGAGGAGCAGGUGACAUGGACUAUCUUCAGGACGAGGUUCCUGGAGAAGUACUUUCCCGACAGUGCGAGGCACGAGCGGGAGGCAGAGUUCCUUACUCUUCAGCAGGGGACCAUGACUGUGGCGGCAUACAUAGAGAGGUUUAAGUAUCUGGCGCGUUUCUACACCCCAGUAGUCACCGAGGAGUGGAGGUGUAGGAAGUUCGAGGGCGGAUUAAAACAUGAGAUACGCCGUUUCAUUGUGCCGCUUCGGAUUAGAGAGUUUCCAGUUUUGGUCGAACAGGCCAAGACUGUGGAGCAGUUGGAGACCGGGUCGAGUAGUGGAGGGAAACAACAGAGGACUAUCCCAGAUGUCAGACCACAGAGGAAACCUUAUAGCAGACCGCCGACUACCUGGGGAAGGCUACAGUGUUAUAACUGUGGCGGGGAACACUUGAGGAGGGAUUGCACUAGACCUGCCAGCAGUGCAGGUGAAGGUAGUAGCACUGGUAAGUGCUACGUAUGUCAGCAGACAAGGCACUUUGCACGUCAGUGUCCUAACAGAAGACCAGCUGGCAGUGUGCCAGCUAAGAGGCCAGUAGGAGACCGACCCAGAGCACCGGGGCGUGUGUUUGCUUUGACGACGCCAGAAGCGAAACAGUCAGGUAACCUUUUAUAG